GUGAGCUACAGUAACAUGGAGCUGCAGACACCAGUUAGCGGUGGCGUUGGCAUACUUCACAGAGUCAGAGACGGGAAGCAUCACUAUGAAGUGGACACUGUUUUUAAUGAGAACAGAGAGUUCUUCACAAGACAAGGAGAUCAGCUCUUGAAGAUUAAUGACUUGGACAUGCAAGAUUUAACUCCAAGAGAGUUUGCAGAGCUGUUGUCUUCAGGCAAUCCUAUGCUGAGAAUCCACCAUGCUGGGGUGGAGCAUCCUAAGAAAGCUCCUGAGAAAACAGGAGACUUCUGGUCUGUCUUUAAGGAGGACACAGUCCUGACCUUCUCCAUGGACAUGGCCGUGGAGCCAGACUUGCAGGGAGAGAGCGAUGGCUGUGACCAGGAUGAGCUGGAGGUUGGUCUGCUGGUGGAGCUGUUGGGCCCCUGCGUGGAGAUGGUGUUGGGUCGGGGGUGUGGACAUGGCGAGAGCUGCCAGGCCUGUGUAGUAGUGAUGUCCAAGGCUGCCCGGGUUGAAGCUGUAAAACCCUGUGAUUUAAAAAAAAACAACGAAGUCAAUAACAAGGCCAUCCGGAGCUUACAUCAAGGGUUUCUAAGUCACCAAACAAACAAGGCUAUUUUGAAGAGAAGAAAAGAAAAUAUAACCAUUUACUACUACGAGUCAAUAGACAGCUCAGAUAAAGGAAUUCCGGUUGUGUUGAACUUUACGGGCACUAAGAAGUUCCUGCAAUGCUCCAGAACUGAUGAUGGUGUACAUUUGAGUGUUGUGGAAUGCAAGACAGACCUGGAGUUUAUCUGUAAGGGCGAUAAUGAGAUGGCAUUUGUCUUCUUCAUGAUAGCGAACACAAGUGAAGAGCAUACUUUUGAGUCAGCAAACUGUGAGGGGAUGUUUGUUAAAGCCACUUCAGAGCACACAGUGGAUGCAGCAGAGAAAGUAGAGCCAAUGGACUCAUUGUACUUCUUAAUUAUGAACGUCUAAAUGCUAAAAAAAGGAGGAUACUAAAAGAGGAGUACUUAAAAACAUACUCAUGAAUAUUUGCUAUUAACAAGGCUAUAGAAAAUGUGCCGUACAUGCAGUUGCCAGUCAAAGCUGAAUUGUACAGCUUACAACAUCGUCUUCCUUUUAACUUAUUUUAUUUCAGCACUCAAUUAAUCACCAGUCAGAAACAAGAGUAAGCUCUUUAUUUAUGGAUGUACGCAUCAUUUGAAAGCUUCUGACAUCUUUCAGUUAUAAACACAUUACCAUUGUUGUUAUAUUAACUUCAUAGAUUACUUUCUUUUACUUUAUUAAUUUCACCAUGUUUCUCAAUAUUUGACAAUGUGCCUUUAUUAUUCAA